UGUUGGUUCGAAUUUUCGAAGGUACGGUGUGUGCGGUGCUCGUGGGAGUUAGAUUUCAAACAUUUCGGUUCCUCUUGUGUUCUUCGACUUGUUUUCUGUUAUUUUUUUCUGUGUUUGGUGCUCGCUCUUGGAUUACGAAACCAGUGAAAGGAAAUAAACAGUUAAGGAUUUUAAACAUAGUGCUACUUGAAAAUGAACAUGGAGAUUCAGUUUAUACUGUUGAGUUUGUGCGUGACCUUGGCUGCGAGUAUCGACCUUGGACCAUACAUGCGAGUCGCGCAAUGCAGGUCGCAAUGCCUUAAACAUCUCAGUACGGAUGGAACCUGUGAUUCGCUCAUUAAUACUGACGAAAUAGUGUGCAAUCAAUGCUGGCGUCACUGCGAGAACCUCGAGUAUCAGUGGGAGACCUAUAAAGAUCUCUGCGAAUACGAUGGAGUCUUCGAAAAUUGUCCAUCAUGCCGGACAAUUUGCGACUACAGAAAGACUCGAGUGAUGGAAGAAUACCUCCCAUCAGCAUUACCAGCUCCGGAGAGACUACCAACCGCAUUAAAAAAGUACGACGUAGCAAUUCUCCUGAGGAAAGUUGACAACAGUUGGAGGGAAUCCGGUUAUUAUCCAGGGUCUCGUGUGACUCGUAUGAGGCCCAACUCGUGGCUUAUUGUGGUCUCUGGAGAUGGAGUGAAGCACUACUCCUACGACGAGUGGGUGCCAACCUUGGAAUCCUUGAAACCAGGUGCCCUCUAUGAAGCAACCAUUUCCUGGAAAAAUGUUGAUUCUCAGAUCCGAAAACACCAAAUGGUCGAGCAGAAGGAAUUCAACGAUAGAGUCCGACAGUUUUAUCUGGAGAAGUAUGGACACAAGGUGGUACAUGAAAGGGAAACUGAAGGAGAUUCUCCAGCUUCAGCGUCAGUGUUCAAAAACUUUUUCUUCAAGAGGAGGAACGAUGAUGAUAAAAUCCUUGGAGUGAAUGUUAAGCCUUCCACUAGUGUUGAACUGUCUGACGAUGAUAUUGAAGAUGUCGAAUCCAAAAAGGAAUCUUGGGUGGUUGCUUGGGAACCGGAAGCUGGAGGUCUUAUGGGUAACCAGGAAGCUGACUCGAAUUUUGCACAAAUCACUCUUCUUCCUGGUACUAAAUAUCGCGUCCGCGUUGCAUCCAAGGAUGGUCCCGGCAGUUUCCCGAUAGAAGUUGAUACCAGCUCGGCUUCUGUACAUGUUCAUCGACUAAAAAAAAACUUCGAAAAUAUUUACGCAUGGGGGAUUAUCGCUGCGAGCAUGUCUAUGCUCAUUUUUAUCACUGUCUUCGUGAUCAUCAAGAUGCUGACGAGGAGUAAAAAAGCAGUGCCGAGGGAGGAGGAGGAGGUGGAGGAAGUGGUUUGAACUCUACACGAAUGAUGUGAUAGCUCAAUUCAUUAAUUCGGUUGCUAUCGAAGCAGCUACUGAACUCAGGGAUCGCUUCCUCAAGCAGGGGGGAGUUUGAGAGAGUCAAAGACUCAAAAAUGGACGAAUUUGAGAAGCUAGGAUGAUGACUUCGGCAACGAAGGAUUCGUGUUGGAGGUGAAAGAGAAUGAAGACUACUAGGAAAUACUUGUGGCCAGUUAUAUGUAUUAAAUGUGCACAACCAAUGAAGUACAAUUCUCAGAGAUUAAUGUUUACGUUUAAAGUAAGGUCUACUUUCUGUGAGUUACGAUGAAUGUUUCAAUGUCUCAUAAUCUAAAUUAUACAUUUUGAGAAUUUUAAUGUCUUUCUUGGAUUUUUUAAUCUGCGUUUUAUAUAUUUAUCAUAUUGUCGCGAAAAUUGUUAAUACUGAAUCUAAAUUUACAAUAGAGAUUGAUCCUAUUUUUGUAAUUGACUUUGUAAUUUUUGCACUUGCUCAAAAUGCAACGAACAGACUGUACAAGAGUUCCUAUUAAUAACGACGCCGUUUUAUGCGCCGCGAAUUGUAUUUAUUUGUACAAAGAUAGUUUAAUUGUAUAUAGCAAUUAAAAUUAAAUAAAAAUUGUAAGUGAACUAUAUAA